AGAAGAAGUGAACCAACAACUUCGGCUACGCAUCGGAAAGUUCAGCGUGGAGCUCGGAUUACGCAUCAAUCGGCAGCUAGUAGUGCUCCAUCUAUGUUUUAUAUAUCUAUGGUACAUACAUACAUGUAUUGCACAUUGGACAUAUCAACUUUGGCACAUAUGAUACUUGUACCGCUUGUAUCUUGUAUUUAUCAAUUUACUGAUGCCGGUCUGAUAUUGGCAUUACAUUUUAUCGUGCAAUCGUGUGAUAUCGCUUGUAGUUUGUUUCAUAAUUGUUCGGUCGUUUGUUACUUAUAGAGAAUAGUAAAUGAUUGUUUCUCGCUGGUUUAUUAAGCAGUGUUAAUUAUUGUGAUUACGUCGAUUAAUUACUGGAUAAUUUGGUUAACUCAAUCUUCUUUGUCUGUUAUUAUAGAAUCAGAAUUUUGAGAUAACUAAUAUUGGACCAUCAGCAUCUUUUUAAUUGCAAUGUUCAAACAAUGGUUUAGGAUAUCUAAGAUAGGCUGUGUCAAUAUGAUUCACAAAGCACGUCCAUUAGUAUUUUGCGGUCCUUCGGGUUCUGGAAAAAGCACUUUGAUAAAACGAUUGUUUGAUGAAUUUCCUGAUACCUUCAAAUUUUCGGUAUCUCAUACAACCAGAAUGCCUCGGCCUGGCGAAGAAGAUGGGACGCAUUAUCACUUUACAAAUAAAGAGAAAAUGCAAGAACAAAUCAAGAAUGGCGAGUUUAUUGAAUCUGCUACAUUUAGCGGAAAUCUAUACGGCACGAGCAAACAAGCAGUUGAAGAAGUACAACGUCUAGGAAAGAUAUGUGUAUUAGACAUUGACAUACAGGGUGUAAAACAAAUAAAAUACACCCAUCUUAAUCCCCUUUAUAUAUUCAUAAAACCACCAUCUAUUUUGGAAUUAGAGCGACGAUUGAAAGCUAGGAACACAGAAACCGAAGAGUCAUUACAACGCAGAUUAGCAAUUGCUAAAACUGAACUAGAAUAUGGCGAAACACCAGGUAACUUUGAUAUUAUCAUAGAAAAUGAUAAUUUGGAAAAUGCUUAUGAAAUUUUACGCAACUUUAUAUUGACUAAUUUUAAUCUACAAUGCAAAACAGUCGAAACAAGUUAGUCAAGAGCCAAUAUAUAAUGGAUCCUAGGAUUAUACAUAUAUUUGGACACAGCAAAUAAAUAUAAAUUAUAUUUUGACGAAAUGUUUAGAUAUUAUUUUAAAUACAUUUAAUCAGCAUAAUUAAAAUACGAAUGUCAUUUAUUAGUCAAAACUAGAGCUAAUGUAAACUUCUGCAUCGUGUAUUUUUGCUAUAGUAAGUUUAAUCUGAUAAUUAUAAAAUUAAUUAUGAAAGAUUUCUACUCUAAUAUUGGUGCAAUAGUGCACUAAAUAUAUUAUCUGAUUUCUUUUUAUCAAAAAUAAAAGAUUUACUUUUUUGUAGAAGUAGGAGAAAAAUUUUCAGAAUAGGAUUUUAGCUUAAUAUUCAAAAAAUAAUUUAAAAGAGAUAAACGUAGAAUUUUAGCUGUAGCUAACUGAGACUAUUCACCAAAAAAGGUUGUGUUCCAAUAAAGUAGGCUAUCUGUAAAAUAUACUUGCGAUUUCGUACUUAUCUUCGUGAUAAAAAUAUCAUACAAUCAUAAUAUAGUCACUCUUGGUUUAUAUCAUGACAGUAUCAUACGAUUAUGCCAAGUACUUAGAACUAUAGAAAAUAAAAAUAAUAUGUAAACAUUCCUGUGAAAUCUGCAUUUGCGGUCAUAAAUAAUUAUUUAUAUUUUUAUUAAAAAGUUGUUUAAAAAGUUUAUUAAAAAGAAAAAAUAUUUUUCUCAAAUUAUAAAUAAAACUGCAUGUUUUAUUGUAAGUGUGCAGUUUGAAAACUAAUAGUUUAUAGAGUUUGAUAGUUUAUAAUGUGUGCUCGAUUUAAAAUUGAUAUAAUAUGUAAAAUAUAUAUUCAUAAGCCUCAGAUUAUAGCAUAAAAUAAUAAUAGA